GGCUAGCUUACUGUUAAUACCUUAUUCUUACUUUGUUUAACGCAUGGCCAUCGUUUAGAACUUCCCCGUACAUCAUGGGCUGCACUAGCAGCGCUCCAAACAUGCCCGAGAUAGCCGCGAACACAACCGAGACACCGGAGGACGAUAAUAGUAAUGUGACAUAUAUGAAAGUAGGGGAGGAUGUGAUAAUUGAUAACGAUUUAAAAGAUACAACCGUCAGCAAAGUGCUUCCAAUAUGUGAUAGUUUAGAAGAAAAUAUACAAUUAGCUAGAAAUAGUAAUUCUUUUACGAAAACCGAUAACGAAGAACGAGAGCAAGAGAAUCAAAUGACAAAUGAUGUGGAAAUUCAAGAAAAAAAAAGUGAAGAUGAGUCCGAAGACAAUAAAUUAUUAUCUACACUUAAAGAGGUGGCGGACCAAGUCAUUUUAAACACUAUACAUGAUGACAUAGACCAAACAUCAACAUUACAUCAGGAGACACCCAAUGACAAAGAGGAAAAUAUAAUUACUGAUACUGAAGAGAAUAAGGCAGAGUUAGUGGAACAAUACAGUGAUGAACAAACAGAAGCGAAAGAAGAGCAAGAGAAUGUUGAAGAAUCUUCGAGCCCAAGCCAAUCAGAUGGAAACAGAUCAACACGUUGGGAAGCACUCGCAGACAUAGCUGCAGAACUACCACCCUCACUUGCUGUGGAUCCCAUUACGGGCCAAAUAUAUUCUCUAGCUAAAUAAGUUAGAAACACGGUCGGAAUGUCGUAAUCAGGGCUUGGAACCCUUUCGAAUUUACCUGUGAAUUUUGGUCAAAAAUAUUGGUCUUUGCUUAACUUGUAAUUUAUUGAAUGUUUUCUAAGGAAACGAAACAAUAUGAGUUACUGGUAUAUUUGCUUGCCAGCAUUAAAUUUUCAGCAGCCUUCAUAUUUAGAAAACGCCAAUAUUAUUUGAGUAUUAACCAUAAAAAAGUUUCUCUGUAAUGUUUUAUUUGACAGUUGCCGAUAAUUUUACUUAUCUUCGACUAAACUCAGUGGGCGCGGAAAACUGCAAAACUGUAUGUUGUUGCAUAAACUUGUUUAUUUCUGUUAAUUGAACAAAUGAACACUAAGUGGUUUCUAUUUCGAUUUAACUUCAUGUUUUAAUUAAAUUGAUGAUAAAGUUUUAAACUUAAAUAUAGAUUCUAGUUAGUAUCAUUACUAAAAAGUUCACUAUCACAUCAUCAUCACCAGUCCGCAUUUUUCGCCCAGCAAAUAAUUUAUUUAAAUAAAGAUUUAAAAUAAAUGUUAUGAUGUAUUUCAUUUUAACACGCCUAAUGCUCAAACCUAUGCCUGCAGUGCUGAAAGCCUAUGAAUGAUUGACAUUAUUGGUAAUUCUACCAAAGGAAAUGAGUUUU